AUUUUGGCCUUUUGCCUUUGUUAAUUUACAUCUUUCUUUCCCUCCAAGCCAACAAGCCCUCCUCCCUCUUCAUAAUCUAUACCAGUCCAAGAAAUCGUCAUUCAGUAUCACCCAUUGAACGUCGAUAGCCAUUUUCUUCACAUCUCGCCUCUUAAUUUCCUCCAGGUUAUUUCACUGAUACUGUAUACGAUAUGGGUGACAGUCAGUACUCGUUCUCUCUUACCACUUUCAGUCCUUCUGGAAAGCUUGUUCAGAUUGAACAUGCCCUCACAGCUGUUGGUUCUGGUCAAACUUCAUUGGGGAUAAAAGCUUCUAAUGGUGUUGUAAUUGCAACGGAAAAGAAACUCCCAUCCAUUUUAGUUGACGAGACAUCAGUGCAAAAGAUUCAAAUUCUGACUCCUAACAUUGGAGUUGUAUAUAGUGGCAUGGGGCCCGAUUCUCGAGUUUUGGUCCGAAAGAGUAGGAAGCAAGCAGAGCAGUACAAUCGGCUAUACAAAGAACCGAUCCCUGUUACACAACUUGUAAGGGAAACCGCCGCUGUUAUGCAAGAAUUUACUCAGUCAGGUGGUGUAAGGCCUUUUGGUGUCUCACUUCUUGUUGCCGGUUAUGAUGACAAAGGUCCCCAGCUAUAUCAGGUGGAUCCUUCCGGAUCAUAUUUCUCCUGGAAAGCUUCGGCCAUGGGAAAGAAUGUGUCUAAUGCAAAGACAUUUCUUGAAAAGAGGUACACCGAUGAUAUGGAGCUUGAGGAUGCGAUACACACAGCUAUUUUAACAUUGAAGGAGGGAUUUGAAGGACAAAUAUCUGGCAAAAACAUUGAGAUUGGUGUUAUCGAGGCCGACAAAACAUUCAGAGUCCUAACUGCAGCUCAAAUUGAAGACUAUCUUCAGGAGGUGGAAUAAAUGUUUGUUGUCUUGUGGGAGUUUUAAAUUUCCUUAAAAAGGUUUCUGGGUGUUCAGAAAUCUAAUGAAUUAAGUUGCCUUGUUCACAAUCUUGCAAGAAUCUAUGUGUUGUCGAAAUGUUUUUUUCUAGAAUUUAUUCGGUUUUAUGAUUAAUUACUUAAACUAAGUUUUAUACGUUUGGUAAUAUGAAAAAAUCUAAAUUAUUGCU